AGGUGUGGCUUCGGGGCGGUCACGUGACUUUUGGCGUGGUGAAGCCAGUCAUCUAAACAUUUUUGCAGCCUGCGACAUACUUGUGUUUUGAAAGGAGAAUACUUUGUCGAGUGAUCUUCUUCAGCCGUAACAUCACUACAGAACACACUCUUUAAAAAAGCAGCAUCAUGGACGGCGGAGUGGCAAUUGUUACCAAUCCUACUGUAAAUGUGCGCCUAACAAGCACCCUCUCCUCCUUUGAGGUGCAGCGCAGGUUCAAUAGAGGGAUCAGUAUCGCAGAACUGAAGGGGAAACUGGAGAUGGUUAUGGGCGCCUCUCCCUCCAGCAUGGACCUGGAGUUGUUUAGUGUCUCUGACACGUUCCUGCAGAAAAUGGACGACAAUGAAGCUCUGCUGGGUUCCUAUCCUGUGGACGAUGACUGCAGAAUACACGUCACUGAUACAAGUGGUCAGAUGAACGAGUUCGCUGAUGUUUCCAAAGUGGAGAAGUUUGAACUGGCAGAUGACGCUUAUGAAAAGAGAACAGAUUCAGCAAGGUCAUUCAUGAAAAAACAUCGUGUUGGUCAGUACAACGAGGAAGAAAUGGCCAAGAAGAAAGCUGAGCUUGCUGCUCGGGAGGAGGAACAGAAGGCCGCUGCUGAUGCCAUUUCUGUUGGCAACAGAUGCAAAGUGCAGGUCCCUGGGCAGCCCACCAAGCUUGGCACAGUCAUGUAUGUUGGUACAACAGAUUUCAAGCCAGGCCACUGGGUGGGUGUGAAGUACGACGAGCCCCUGGGGAAGCACGAUGGAACUGUUGACGGGAAGAAAUACUUUGAAUGUGACAGCAAAUAUGGUGGAUUUGUGAAGCCCCUGAGUGUGCUUGUGGGAGACUUCCCCGAGGAGGAUUAUGGAUUAGAUGAGAUGUGAGACUGUAAUGUGACAAAGGUUGGGUGGAGUUUUUCUGCCCUGAAAUUUGAGCGUCAACCUCAAGCUUGUUAUCCAUUCACCAACCAGAGUCACGAUGGAAAGUCAUUGUCAUUGUCACAAAUGAAAUUUUUUUUGUUUUGUGCUUCUGGAUGAUCCAAAGAGCAGCGUCUAAAAAUCUUUUAGGUUCUCUCUCACUAACGCCGACGCAGCCUGAUAGAGGUGAAUGUCAGGUAGAACAUCUCCUGGUGCGAUGGGUAUGAUGAUGAUAAUAGUAUGGGAUAAUCACACCAGUGAGGUUUGAUAGAGGAGGGGGUUUGUUGCAUGUAAGGCAGCAUCAUGAAGGAUAACAUGUGGUCCUUCACUUCAUGCACUUCUUUUCAAUUUAAUUUACCAGCGUUAGUUGUUGCUUCCAGGCUGUUCUGUGUCAUCUAAAAGUCUGCAUCGACAGCUUUAUUUCUCCUCUUUUAGUUUGUAUCAGUUUGUACAAAGUUGAUUGUAUAUAACUGUAUAGUUAACUGUAGUCUCAGCAUUUUUUUGAAAACUGUAAAUUGCUGAGAGUGGAAAGUAAAGGAAAAAUCCCCCCUAAAAUCCUAUGACACUAUUAAAAAGUGGUAUUGCACCUUGUUGUCCGUACUAACCUCACACAUACUAAACAUAUCCUGAACCGAGUUAAGAUGGACAAACGCUUUCCAAUUAUUGAUCCAAAUCUGCUUAAUGCUCAAAUUCAUUCACUCACGAUUGAUACAAGAAAAUAACACUUAAAGAGAACAGAUGGUAGCCUCAAGAAUCCAAAUUGCAACAACAAAGCUGUUUUAGGUGUACAAUGUCUGGAAUUAGUGUGUGAUAGUAUGCAACAGUCGAUAUUUCCUCUCUGAACAACAUUGCAUACAAACACAAAUUGAAAUUUAAAGAAUUUAAUAAGUAAAACCCCAUUUUUAGGUUGUUAGUGGGUAUGUGUAAUGAUAAUUCCCCUCUGCUUUUCUGUUACUGAAUUCCUUGUUAAAAGUUAAAUUGUGUGCACUCGAAUGUGUCGUGCUUAUAAUAAACCACUGAAAUAAAAACAACUUUAACAUUGUUUAUGGUAAAACUUUUCACUAUUUAUCGUUUUAAAAGCUAUCAGUUAAAUCAAAUUCAUGUCCCGAGUUAUCCUGUAUACAAAUGGAUGACAAAAUUCGAGGAUAAAUCCAAAUGUUAUGUUAGUGUGUGCUGGAAAACAACCAGUAAAGGUUCGUAGGUCUGGUACAUUUCCCAGAACUACUGAAUUAGAUGCCAAAUGGAGACUCAGUCUGAACUGUUUGUACUAAUUAUUUAAAAUUAUUCAAUACAAGACAAGGACAGGGACUCCUUUUUAAAAAAGAAAACCUGCAGUUUAAUAUAAGCAUGACACAUUCAAUUCCCUGCAUUUAUAUGUGCACUUGCAUUUAUGUUCUGCAUUCAUUCUACAUAUGUUUGUCAAGGUUGGUGGCUUAAGUCUUUUAGUGGAGAAAUACUGUAAUAUCUGUAGCGUAAGCAUAAAAUGUAUUUACAAUGUAACACUGUCAUUCCGAAAACGUUGGGACGCUGUAGAAAACAUAAAAACAACGCAUCAAAUUCAGGAUGAGCGUAUAUAUUUACAAAAAAUAUAUUUUCCCAGUUUGAGCAUUAGAUAUCUUGUGCUGCAUUCAACUAAAUAUAGGUCCCAAAUGAUUUGCAAAUCAUUCCAUUCUGGUUUAAUGCAUUUUUCACAGAGUCCCAACUUUUUUUCUGAAUGGAGGGUUGUUCCCUUGGAUGGUUUUUUAAAUUGGAAACCAGGUUGGCCAUUAAAGUAAUAUUAGAAAAUGCAACAAACAGCAGAAACUCCCAAACUUUCACUCUUCAGUUAACUGCCCCGCUCCAUUAUAAUCACCACAACACACUUUUGAAAAUGAAUGAUAUGCCUUAUUUAUGUUCUGUUUCAUGUUCCUGGUCCAAUACGGUUACCGUGUUUUCAAUCCUCUAAAGUUUACAGAAGAAAUGUAAAUUAAUUAGUCUUGUGAUUUCUUUCUUUCUAAUGAAAUGUCAUUACCGUACCUAGAAAACUUUGUCUUGUCUUUUUUUUUUGCUCAUCUCUGAGGUGCUGAUGUUACUGUGUGCCAACAGGCAAUGCAUAACAACAAAAAUAAAAUAAAAAUUUGCCA